AUGCCUUCCAUGAACUCUGCGCCUACAGGCUGCUGGAGAGGGUGUUUUCUUCUAGAGCCUGUCCAAGCCUUCUUCACUUCGGAAAACGACAGCUCAUCUGGGAAUGCUGCGAGAAAGACGCUGCGGAAAUCUAUCCAGACGGUCUUCCGCCUUCUCUGUCAACAUCUCCGGAUGCCGCCUUUAAGCAGCUCAAUUCACCCGACUUUGUCAGCCGGCGUCGGCACUCACAGUCCGAGCGAUAAGCUUAUUGCGUGCCCCGGAAUCGUCAAGAGGAUGAUCGAAAUUGUACAGGAUGAGUACGUCGCCGGCAUGCGGCGUCGGUAUCUUGAAGGCGAACUCCUUUGGAUGGCAUGUGGCAACCACCAAUCCGGGGGAUGUAAGCGACCUAGGGAAUAUCGCGCUCCCACUUGGUCUUGGGCUUCGAUCGACGGUCCUGUCACUCCUGGCGAGCCACGGAUUCAGGAUUCACUGAUAACAGUCCAAGACUACCACCUCGACUACCGGACUGACGACAAGACUGCUGUGAUCCGCGGUGGCUGGCUCCGUCUUCGUGGAGUUCUCAGAAAGACAAUCUUGGAACGCAAAGUUGUAGAAGGCCACUAUUGGGACAUUUUUCUAGACGGUGAAAAGGUCAACACCCAAGAAGAAACAGAGCCGACCGAUUGUGAGCCACGAGUGAUGCUCGAAAUUCUCCAGGAAGACUUUGACCAGGAAAACGCCCAGGGUUUGCUAUUCUGCAUGUGUGCCAGGUCUAAGAAUGGGGAAGGGAGAGGGAUGUAUAUACUGCUUCUCAAGAUGGUUCAAGGAGAGACAGGAACAUUUCAGCGUAUUGGGCUUGCCUAUGCCUGGAGUACAAAGGUUAAGGAAUGGGUUCUAAUGAGGAGCCCGGGAGAAGCACAGUUGCCAUGUCUCGAGUAUCGAGAUGAACUACACUCGAUAUGUGUCAUCUAG